UGAUCUUUACCUUCAACUUGACUCGAGGAAAUAUUAAUUAAUAAACAAACAUUGAUAAAGUGAUGAUCUUGAACUAGUCUCACUGAGAUUAUUUUCUAAAUAUUAUGUUUGUGUAAUUGUGUAGUAGUAUUGACUCGAGAGUGGGUUAAAUAUAGUCGUAUUGUAAUUUGUUAAAUCGUGAAUUAAUUAUCAAUACCUUAUUGGAUUACAUUUAGCUACCUGCUACAUUAUAAUAAUAAGAAUUCAUUUUAAAUCUUGUGGUUGAAGAAAUAUUAUGAUCACAAGAUGAAAGAAGCAAUCAUUUUACUCUUCUCUAUAUUCAAAACAGUUUCUUUGGGAGAUAAAAAGUGCACAGGAGUGACUUUCGGAAACAGAUACGCAGAGCUUUCAGUUUUGAAAGAAGGUAUAAACAGGAUACGUGAUUUGGUCUACAAUCAGAACGAUCAUACUAUUUAUUUUACAUACAAUCUAAUUAGUAGACCUCCAAGUAGUUCAGCUGGCUACGUCACUGUUGGAAAUCGGGAAGCCGGUGUCAUUGAUGGAAUCAAAAAUGCAAGAACCAUAGCUGUUGACCAAACUAAUAACGUAGUCUACAUUGGCGGAUCAGAUGGUAUUUACACAUUAAAUGAUAAAAAAGUGCCCGUGAAACUUCCUGGUGUUAAUGACAAUAUUGUGUGUCUAUUCUUCAAAGAUAUAUUAUACUACACUAACCAUAGAAGACAAACAUUCAAAUACGAAAAUGAUGGUGUGCUUCUGCCAGAAUUGCAUGAAAGUGUGGUGGAUUCAUUUGUUAUUGAUAAUGAUGAUAACAUUCUGUUUACUCACAACAGAACUUUGUUCAGGGUAAAGGUUGGAACAAGAGCCAUCAAUAUACAUGAACAUUAUGAUGUUGACUUUUUAACUACAGAUACAAAUGGAAAUGCAUUUGUUGGUUCAAAUGAUGGUGUUUAUGUGUACAAUAAAUAUAAAUUUAAUUUGCAAAAAGUAUCCGAUUUAAGAACACUAACGGAUAUGACUUUUAAUAAAAUAAAUGAACCUAUCUAUGCUGUUGCCGACAAAAUCAUUCAAUUAAAUUUUAAGCCGAUUGCAUGCACUGAAAAUUAAAGUAAAUACUUAAUUAUAAAGUAUUAAUUAUUUAGCUGUUAAAAUAAAAUAAAAAUCUGUUUUA